UUUUAAUUUUAGACCAUAGCAGCUGAAAAUGUAUUUUGAUACCUGCGUUCAUCUCAUCAAAUGAAUUUGGAUAUUACAAAUAUGUCACGGUCAUAAUCCACGCCAAAAAGGAAUUCAUGCAACCGUAAAAUUGCGCCAAUUAUUCCGGAUGAAAACAUAUCCGCAAAACUUAUUGUUUCAUUUUUGGCUGUCGAAAAUAUGUUGAAGUGACCGUACAUAAGUAUUAAAAACCAAUUGAAUAGCGUGCUGGAUUUUAAUUCGGUUUUUUAAAAGUUAACUGCUGCUGCCAUUCGAGGGCAUCAUCAGGUAGCAAGGGAAAUGAAGUUGUCAAACCUCUCUCGACUCACCAAGCCCUUAUUAGGAGCACAUCACGUAUACCCUACGCUCCCUGUUUAGAAUACAAUCACAAAAACAACGUAUAUACUGCUGAGACUAUCAAAUUUUCUCUUGGCCAUCUGAAAGAAGAAAAAUAAACCAAAUUCGUUUCCAGCCUGUCAAACAUUUCGUAUUCUUAUAGGGGAAUUUCAGUGUUCUCUUUUACAUCACGUAGGCAGUGAUUCGCCCCAUAUAAGGUCGUGAAACCUGAUUGCAAAUGUAUUGUUUUUUUGUUUGUGUUGCAUUUAUGUAAUAAGACGACACACUUAAUGUCGAUGCGAAAAAACCAAAAAGAAUUCAGCCGCGCAGUGAAACUAAACAAGUUAUCCAGUUGGCAAUCUGGAAUAUAUGAAUAUGGAAAGCGCAGAUGUAAGUUAGUAUACAAGCUGUAGUAUAACAGCGUUAUCGGAUUUGCUGCCAAAACUGGAAAGUUGUGUGUCGAUGGGUGGGCCCCCCCAAUCGAAUUAUGCGUCGUCCUAUUCGCUUUGGAAGAGAAAAUCCUGGCCAUCUUGCAACGUCCAUAUCGCCAAAAAAUGAUGUUUUGAUUCCAGUUUCAUAGCUCGAGGAUCAUCGGAGAGAGCGCGUCAUAUAACUCGAUCGGAGAAUAUUCAAAUGGCCAAAGGCAGAUUAGAAAUGUGUCCAGCAGCUCUACUCAAAGUCAUGUAACAGCAAUUGACAAUAACCUCCAAAUAAGAAUAAUCCUGGAACUCAAUUAGGCCUCGAGAAAUGUAUACGUAAUCAUCAAAAACUUGUUGCAAUCCGGUUUCAUCAAAAUUACAGAUCUCUAUACAAUUAAAUUGCUCAACAAAAAUUAGUUUGCCAAGGUCUGGAAAUAUAAUGAUUUAGCGCAACCCAAAAUAACCUUUCUGGGAAUUGAAUAAUCAAAGCAGUGCCAACAAAAUUUAAUUUGAUACUCCAAGUGGUAAAAAACAUCAUUGGAUCAAUAGCCAAGUUCUCACCCCUGGGCAAAAUUUGGGAAUCUGAACGAACAGAGUUUGAGAGUUGUCAAACCUCUUACGUCUAUAUACUCCCGAAACAAGUUUCGUGACUCCCAAUUCCGUGUGAUUGGGGCAAAAGCCCAACUGCUUUGUACGCAAGGAAGAGUGUUUUCUAUUUAGGUCUCUACAAGUUUUACCUGCGCUUACCAGCACACUAUAGCUAGCUGCUGCUGGUGGUGGAUUCAAGGUGCGGCGUGAUUUCUUUCGUUCUUUCUAUACUACCACUCCUGGCGUUCAGCUCCAACUCGGCUCAGUCCCUCGCCGGCAAUCUCACCGAAAGGAUAUCACGAAAUCCCCAUUAUUCCGCAAUGUCGUCUGCCCAGCAAUUGAUCCUGGCCGUCUUGUUGGUUGCCAUCACCAGCUGGACCACCAGCGUGACAUGCAAAUCCGUUCAGCCGUUGAAAAAGGAGGUGUGGAAUGAGCUGAAUUGCAACAAACCUCAAUCACGACUCGCCUACCUUGAGGAUGAAUAUCCCGACUACAAUACGGAGGCCGUUUACCUGCCUCACGCGGCCGUCGUUCAGUAUUGCGACAAUUCGCUCGGCUGUUGCCGGAAAGGUUAUCUCUACGUGGCGACCAAGGAGGAAAAGAUGACCUUCGCCUUCCAAGAAAUCCUGCACGGCACUAAGAUGAAAAAGGAAGUUGAAUUGACGAAUCAUUCACGCUGCGUCUGUCAAAGCAUCGGCAGCCAUUAAAGGCCCCGUGAGCAUUCUGUUGUCGACCGUAUUACCUUUGAUUCUUUUUUUUAAAAAACAAAAUAGCUCAUUUUUAUAAUCGUUGAUACUCAAUUAGUGCUAGUUUAAAUAUACCUAUUUUCGAUCGCG